AUGACUACCUCCACUAUCUACACUACUAGUGAGGUUACCGUCAUCAGCUGUGCUUCCACCGUCACCAAUUGCCCUGCGGACUCUACUACCGUCGUCACUUCGACUAUCCCGGUCACUACCACCGUCUGCCCGGUUACCGAGACCCCGUCGUCCAGCGCUCCUGCUCAGGAGUCGACCGUUACUGACACUACCUACGAGACUACCACCAUCUGCCCCGUUACUGAGACCAUGACUUCCGGUACCAACACCAUGACUACCACCUGGAGCUCUAUCUCUACUAUGACCGUGACUGGCCCCGCUCCUACUGGCCCUGCUGCCACUGGUGUCACCUCUGCGCCUUCUUCUCCUGUCGCUACUUCCGUUCCCCAGGAGUCGACUGAGACGGAUACCACCUACGAGACCACCACCAUCUGCCCUGUCACUGAGACCAUGACUUCCGGUACCAACACCAUGACUACCACCUGGAGCUCUAUCUCUACUAUGACCGUGACUGGCCCCGCUCCUACUGGCCCUGCUGCCACUGGUGUCACCUCUGCGCCUUCUUCUCCUGUCGCUACUUCCGUUCCCCAGGAGUCGACUGAGACGGAUACCACCUACGAGACCACCACCAUCUGCCCUGUCACUGAGACCAUGACUUCCGGUACCAACACCAUGACCACCACUUGGAGCUCUGUUUCCACUAUGACCGUUACUGGCCCUGCCCCCGGGGCCACUGAGACCGAGAGCAGCUCCGUCAUUAUCCCCUCCAUGACUGGCCCUGCUACCGAGUCUACCGUUGCUCCCUCUGGUGUUGCUCCCUCUGGUGUUGCUCCUUCCGGUGUUGCUCCCUCCGGUGUUGCUCCCUCCGGUGUUGCUCCCUCCGGUGUUGCUCCCUCCGGCACCUCUCCCGUCAGUAGCACUAGCAUCCCCGUUGGCCCCGCCGCCUCUUCCACCAUGAUCAGCACCAGUCUAUCCAAUCCCACAACCGCCCCCUCGGCCAGUGCUACCCCCGCUUUCAAUGCUGCCUCUCCCUUGACCGUCUCUUCCGGCCUUGGCCUGGCCUCUGUUGCGGUCCUCUUUGCCCUCGUGCUGUAA